CCAGACCCCCCCCCCCCCAUGUUCAAGUCCCUGCCACAGGCGAUCGGGCUGCCGUUCCUCUCGCCGGCGGAGGACGCGCAGCUCAAGUUCAAGUCCUCCCCCGCGGGCAUCCAGCGCCUCGCGGGCCCGGAGCGGAUCCCCCCCGCGGACACGGCGUACUGGGCGCAGUGGUACUCCCUCUUCCCCUCCCCCCACGACGUCCCCCCCAUCGUCCGCCCCCCCGACCUCCGCCACGCCCUCCAGCACAACCCCGCAAACCUCGCCACCCUCACCACCCACCUCGCACACCGCCUCUUCACCCUCGUCCCCGACCCCCGCUUCCCCCCCGCCCCCGACCUCUGCGCCCACGCCCUCAGCUGCCUCCGCGUCCUCGGCACCGUCCUCGCCGUCGUCUACGAGGCCGAGGGCGACACCCCCGGAGACAGCUUUGCCGCCACCCAUCUCUGGGCCCGCCAGAAGGCCCCCGCCAGUUCCCACAGCGACACCCAGUUCACGCUCGCGGAUUCCGACGACGACGACGCCGAGCUGGACGCCGGCGCGCGCGCAUUCAAAGCCACCCUCGGCCACCCCCCCGCACCCGCGUCCCCGAUCAGCGAUCCCCUCACCCAGCCCCCCGACGACACCCCACGCCCACAGCAACCAGACGAAUACCUCCCCUCUCUCGCCGAGCGUCUCUUCAGCUGCGCCAUCGACCUCCUCUUUUGCGCCGGCUUCACCCUGCCCCAGAGCGUGAACGGCGAGGACGAGGACGAUAAAAUCAAUUACGUCAUCUGGGAAAAGGGGGUAGGCAGCACAAUCCGGAUAGGCUCCUCCCCCGAACUGGACCGCAACAAGACGGAAGUUUUACGCUUCCUCCUCAUCCUCCUCUCCUCCCCGCUCUACACACCCCCCUCGGCCCUGCACACCACCCCCAACCCCCCGCUGUUCACCCUCACCCACACCCUCGAACGCCGGCUCGUCCUUUCCCUCCUCUGCUCGUUCCUCAACACCUCCCUCACCCGGGACCCAUCGUCCUCGGCCGGCGGCGGGAUAGGCAUAGUCGGCGGGCUCGGCAAGCUCGGAGGGUUCGGCGGCUUGGGGCUCAGGGGAGGCGAGGAGCGAAAGGCGCUGGUGAGGGUUUGUAUGGCCGUCCUGCUCGUCGCGCUCGAUUACAAGAUGGAGGCAAGAGUCGGCCCUGCCGGAGCGCUCGAAGGCGGGUAUGCCGGAACGGUGAUGAGAGGGACCGGGAUGGGAGAAGGAAAGGAGGAAAACGCGUUUAGGUAUUUCCUUUCCAAACUCCACCGCAAAGAAGACUUUACAUUCAUCCUCGAUGGCAUCCUCGCCACCCUCGCUGAAUACCAUACGUCGCUCACCAAUGGCUAUCUACCCGGCGGCGUCGGUGUUGGGAAAAAGGAUAUAGGGUGUCUGCUCCAAACGUACAUUCUUCUCUGGCGACUUGUCGACUUGAACAAGCGAUUCAAAGCGCAUCUCCUCGAACAACCGGGAAAGACGGUAGACUUGGUGGUGUAUAUCCUCGUAACAUGCUUGGAAUUGAAAGAUGAUCCCGCCCAAAACGGCCUCCUCCGCCUCCUCUCCUACCUCCUCCAAACCCUCUCCGCCAACGAACCGUUUGGCAAAUCGCUCAACCAGACCAUCCGCAUACCCGUCCCUGCAAGGUGGGGGGUGACCGGGAGCGCAGUUGAUUUCAUGAUUGUUUCGAUAUACUCUAUAGCAACCACCCCGGGCCUGAACCCGCUCUUCCCAGCACUCACCAUCUCCAUCGCCAACAUCUCCCCUUACAUCACCAACAUUGGCGUCCAAGCUUCGGCCAGGUUGUUGGGUCUGUUUAAAGCGUUUUCAGCACCGAAUUUCUUGUUGGGUGAUGAAGGUCACCCGAGGCUGGUUUAUUAUCUACUCGAAACAUUCAACUCGGUGCUGUACUACCAACUGAACGCGAACCCGAACCUCGUAUACGCCAUCCUCCGAUCGCACAAUGAUUUCCAGACCCUCGCCACGUUUACGUUGAUGUCCGGUCUGAGGGAUAUCAAGCGCAGAAAGUUUUUGCGCGCUGCUGCUGCGGAGAAGAAUGGGCGUCCUGGUUCUGCCGCCACGACCAAUCCCUCCUCCACCAACAGUCUUUUCACUCGACUAGGCGGGGGUGGGGGCGGGGGUGGACGGGACAAUGGGAUCACCUCGGAUGCGGAGAUGAUUGCUGAAAAAGCCGCAUUGUUGGGUCUUGAACCGGAAGAAGAGGAUGAUGUGCAUCUCUCCGGAAGCCAGAGCCAGGGCCAAGGCGAGGGCCAGGGCCAAGGACAAGGGCAUGCGAGCACCCCAAGCGAGGGCGACGUACCAUCCCUAUCCACCACUCCUACCCCUACCCCCAACACUACCACCGCCACCGCCACGCCAGACUACGCUUCCAACCCCCCGCCUCCAUCACGCAGCAUGUCUGAGAAAGCACGGGGCAAGAUGCGCGCAACAGAAUCAACCACCUCCCUCGCCACUACCAACACCCACCCCGGCGGCGGCGGCGGCGGCGGCGGUGGCGGUGGCGGCGGUCAGGAAGAAAGAGUGGAAGACGAUGAAGAAGAAGAAGAAUUGAUGAAGAUUGCGGCAGCGGGAGUGGGGCCGAAUGGGUAUGUCCCCACGCAGGAAUGGGUUUCCAGCUGGCAAAAGGGCCUCCCGCUCGAUCCCGUCCUCGUCGCCAUCUCUGAACUGCUACCAAAGAUCCGAGAAACCCAACCGCUCGUUGGCGCGCCUAGUGAAAAAGUGUUCAACAUCCUCAAAGACGUCGAGCUCGCAGACGUCUUGCCGCCUGCACCGCCCAUUACCCCUAGACGGUUCCAAUGGUCGCCCGCAUCAUGUAUCUGGCUCACCUCUCUUCUCUGGGGGGAUAUCUACGUCGCAGGCCUGACAAGUAUCGGCUCAUGGAAGGAUACCCAAGUGAGGUUGUUUGGGAUCAAGCAGGCGCCUGUGAGGGGACGCGGCGCGCAAGUGGGCAGGGUUUUGAAAAUGAUGGGUGUUGUUUAAAACGAGACGAUUAAGAACAUGUCGCAGAAAAGGGGGGGGAAUGAAAGAGAAAAAAGAAAAAAAAACAAGAGUGGUGAGAUAGGUAUAAUUGUGUAGAGGCAUUUCGUUCGUUUUCUUUUACAAAAACCCCUUUUUUUGUGGAUAUUUGGAUUUUCUGUCUCUUCGUAGAUAUACAGGGGAUGCAUCUUCUUUUUAUCAACCUCGAGUCUAAAAGUUUAAACAGAGGUUCCCCUAUCUGUUAUAGCCACUUUGUGGGAUGUCUUGGCGUGAUGCUUUGAUUUACGCUUUUUGUUGGAUUUUCUAGUGAUAUA